UUUAUAUAUGUAUGUAUGUGUUCGUUCACGCACUUAUCCGUCUUCCUACACCCCCCUCACCCCGACCAUCUUUCAGUCACCCGUUUGACUCCCUCGAUCUGUGUUCGUUCUCUCUUCUUCCCUUUUUUUUUUUGUCCUCUUCCUGAUCCCGCGUCUCGAGGUCGUCGUUGGUGCUUUGUUUAUCGCAAAUAUGCUCACUUUAGUAUACGCCUUCCAUGAGAAGAGACAGUGAAAACGGACAGUCAGUUUAUGUCGAGGUAUCAUCCAAUAAGCAACGUCGUGUUAGAUUUAUGAUCAUUUUGAGAUCUCAAUUUUUUGAUACUGAGACGACAUAUAGGUGAACAAAAAUGUCAUACGUGCGUCAAGUAGUUCCGUUAAGAAAAAUCACAGAAGACGAGGACAAUUUAUCUCAAAAACAUGAAGAUUUAUCACUAAAAUCACUAGAAAUAGUUUCACCGGUAACUAACAUUAUUCGUGAUUUCAAUAAAUCUACGAUCUCGUCUCCGGAGGAUGAUUCAAACAAUUUAGAUCCGUGUUUAGGUGCGUCCAAAGUUUUGCCGCAGGUAGUAAAAGAAGAAAGUCUUUUCAAGAAUGUAUUUAGAAUUAGAGGUACGCCGGAAAAGGAGUUAACUCCUAAACAAAAAGGACGAAGAUUAGUGGGCAUGGCAGCACGAAGGAUUAUCAGUCUCGACACCAUAUCGCCAUCUACCAACAAAGAAAAUGGAACUAUUAACCGAAACGUUAUCGCUAGCCCACAGAAGACGACUGUAAGUAAAAAAUCACGUUUUCCAUUGGAAGAUUGCGACCCAAACAAUCAAGAUAAAGAAUAUGGAAAUACUAAUUUACUCGAGAGAGAUAACCGUACUGGUUUUCAAUUUGCGGAACCUCUUGGGGUUGCACCAAGGCGUAUGUCUGUUGAUCAACGAAGUCCGAUGCAAUCUCCGAUAAGAUCAUCACCUCAUGGACUAGUGACGGAUCCAAUGAUCUUUCGGAGUUUAUCAUCGGGUUACGAGAGUAUGGACGAUGACUUGAACGAUCUAAUGGAUUUGGAUGCACUGGAUGAGGCAACCCAUUUACCAAACGGUUUGACGAGUCUUCUCUCUGGUAGCAUUGUUGGAUCAGAAAUAAUGAAAUAUGCAAUAAUAACAACCCCAGAAUAUCCACGUACAAAAGUAAAACGUUCCUUUCGUCGUUCUUUAUCACUUCAAAAUGACAGAACUAGUCCACAAUCAUCGAUAUCGAAAGUACGUUCCUGUCUAUUUCGUUCACCAUCAACAACCUGUUCAACUCGUAAACUUUCUUUCGAUGAAAAUGUACAAUCCCGCACACAGUCGUAUUCUAGUAUCAUGGAUUCAUCCUCAAAUCAACCAGUAAGAUCUUAUAAAAGAUCAGAACCACCGGCAUCACUUAGUCCUCGGUUAAGCAAAAGGUCUAGAAUAUCGAUUGAUUUUCAACAUAUACCAGAGAAUGUAGAAUUGGAAAUAUCAUCGAAUCAAAAGGCAUCAUACGUAACGGAUAUCGAAACGAAACUAGUCAAAAAAUCUAAUUUAAGCAUAGAGGAUAUCACGGAUGAAGUUGACUUUUGUAAUGUCUCGAUGAAAGAAUCUUUUGAUGAUAAAUUUGAGGAUAGCCAAGCGCAUGCCUUGAUCAAAUCAGCGAUACAUCGUAGUGUGACCGAUGCCGAUCUAACUGGUGAUUUUAGUAAACCUUGUAUUCUACCUCUUGCCGAGGGUCGACACGAUGACCUUAAAUCUAUCUCUGUAGAUACAUUAGCUGCUCUGAUGCGUGGUGAUUUUAAACAAUACAUCGAUUCCUUUGUAAUCGUUGAUUGUCGAUAUCCCUACGAAUUCGAUGGUGGACACAUCGAAGGAGCUCUUAAUCUUUAUAGUAAAGAAUUAAUUGAACAACAUUUACUCGAUCCCUUAACAAACAUACCAGAAAUUCAACCAAAUUCAAUCAAACGACGUAUUCUCGUAUUCCAUUGUGAAUUUUCUUGGGAACGUGGACCAAAUCUUUCACGAUUUUUACGAAACAUCGAUCGUCAACGUAACAAAGAACAUUAUCCUGCUCUUCAUUAUCCAGAAGUUUAUCUUUUACACGGCGGUUACGAACAAUUCUACAAAGAACAACGUAAUCUUUGUGUUCCUCAAGGUUACAAACCAAUGUCUGAUCCAAAUCACGAGGCCGAUCUUAAACAAUUCCGUGUUAAGAGCAAAAGUUGGCAGGGUGAAAAACCUGUAAGUAGGUUGAACAGUCUUGUGGUUAGGACGAAUAUCAAACGAUUAGGUUUCUAAAACUUUUUUCUUUUCUUUUCUUUUUUCUUUUAUUAUUAUUUUUUGUUUUGUAAUAUUUUUUUUCUUUAUUUUUUUCGAAUCUCUUCUUCGUAUUCUCACGUCAAGUUUACUUACUUAGAUACGUUUAAAAGUGAUCAACUAAUUUUUGGUGAUGUAUUGUUACAAAAAAAAAAAAGAACAUUAACU